UGUAAAUUUUCCUCCCAGAACACGUGACGAUGCAUUUCUUGACUAUAUAUCCCAACGGCAGCAGCCGAGUUGUCAGAGUGCUGAGCCCUGCACGGAGGAAGGACGCUCUUGGACUUGACGAUUCAGGAAAUCAGGACUUGGGACGAAUUUGCCAGUCUUUGGUAAGUUUCUCCCCAGGCCCUGGCUGUGUGAGCUGUGCUUCAAUGCUGAAGAUGGAACCUCUGAACAGCACGCACCCCAGCAUCGAAACCCCCGGCAGCCCCCUCGAGUCCCAUGUCCCCAGCAGCGGAAGUGGCAAUGGUAACGAAUACUUCUACAUUCUGGUGGUCAUGUCCUUCUACGGCAUUUUCUUGAUUGGAAUCAUGCUGGGCUACAUGAAAUCCAAGAGGCGGGAGAAGAAGUCCAGCCUCCUGCUGUUGUACAAAGACGAGGAGAGGCUCUGGGGGGAAGCCAUGAAGCCGCUGCCCGUGGUGUCGGGCCUGAGGUCCGUGCAGGUGCCCCUGAUGCUCAAUAUGCUGCAGGAGAGCAUGGCGCCUGCCCUCUCCUGCACCCUCUGUUCCAUGGAAGGGGACAGCGUCAGCUCCGAGUCCUCCUCGCCGGACGUGCACCUCACCAUCCAGGAGGAGGGGGCCGAUGACGAGCUGGGGGAGACCUCGGAGACGCCCCUGAACGAAAGCAGCGAAGGGUCCUCGGAGAACAUCCAUCAGAAUUCCUAGCACCACCAGGGCCUGUGGACGUGGCCCCAUCCGCCAGCACCCUUAAAGAGGGGAAGGACACUUUUCGUGUCUGGUUUCACUUUUGCAGUGCAGCUGCCACUUGGAAGAGACCCUUGGCAAGCCCCUGAAUGGGGGGUGGUGGGGGGGGACACUGCGCGGCAGGAGCCAGCAGCAGCCAGGAGUCCAUGACGUGCCUGUGGUGUGGGCCCACCGCUGCAAACGCCCUGAAGACACGUAGUGUGUAUAUUUACUUUGGGGCCCGGGGGUCGGGGUUUCUGUUCAGAAUUGGGCAGGUCGAUGUGCUGUGUUUUCUCACUGGAUGCCUCUGCUCAGUCCCAGUGCUGCCGUGCUUAGGGCGUGCUGAGGGACUGGUUUCCAUUUGCUAAUUUGCCUAGAGCUUUGUUCUUCUAGAUCUGACUGGCUGCAGGUACCUCUACUGUGUACCUGGGGCACUAGUUAACAGGGGGUUACAGCGCUUCUUUUGGGGGUCUUUUGGGUUGGGAGGGGGACAUUUGAUGGAGGACUUUUGAUGGGAGAAAGCUGCAGGUCUGAACCUGGCCUGUACUGUCAGGGAAAAAAAAUGCAACUUUUAAGCCUGUUAAAUUGGCUGGGAUUAUAAGACACUCUCUGCUAUUUUGACUCUUUCUCUAACAUAUGACCUUGAACUCUGACCUGGGACUGUCCAGCCUCGCAUGCUGGCAUGACGUUUUUUGGUUGGAAGGGCUUCCGCAGAAUCUAACCUGCAUUCCAAAUAGGUGCGCAGAGAACGCUUCCUGAGCUUUCCAGAAGGGGCAAUGGUGGGGUUGGACAAAGCCAACCAUUAGCUCCAGAGCUGCUCACUUCUCAGCCUAGUUUUCUGAGCUGGGACAGGACAUAAUGUGGACCUCCAUGAUACCGCCUUUGGUCACAUAGCUGAGACCGAGAAGGACAUACUCAGGCAGAGGUUGCACAAAGCUGGGGUCCAAGUUCUGUUUCCUGAUCUUGAGCCCUGACACUGAUUUGCUGUGUGGUCCUGGACAUGUCAUCAAGAGACUUACCGCCUUCCCGAAGCUCCUGAUGAUCUACAUCCCCAGGGGGCUGGGAGGAUAUCUUCAGAUUUUAAGACUCUGAUAAAUUCUGCAUGGCCUGGUGUGAGGAAGCUUGGACAAAAUAUUUCCCCCUUGGCCAGUUAGUCUGUAAAAGGAUCUGCUUAUUUAAAGGAGCAGUGGGCGGCUAGGAACACAAGUAACUGGGAAAUUCGGGGCGAAUUACCAACUCAUCCAGGCUGUCGUUUUCCUCAGCGGUGAACCAAAGAGGCAGAUGCCACAUUUUACUCUGCAAAGUUCUCUGGGUGCUGGAAUGUUAACCCUCUAGCUCAGGGAAGAAGAAAGCUGAAAGGAAGUGCUCAGAAAUGCUCGCUAGUGUUUCCAUGUAAUCCUGUGCUCAGUAGCUCUGCAGCAUAGCCUGCAGGCCCUUGAAGACAAGGAGGAAGAGAAACACACCAAAAGGUCAAGUUUAAUUCUAUUAAAAACAAAAAAAACCUUUUUUUUUUUUUAACAUACUGUCCCUGGGUUGGAGACAGCAAUAACUCCUGUUCCCACGGAAGGGUUAACAGUAUAGGAGCUGGUUGAUCAGUUCGCCUGAACACAGCGCUAGAGGAAAUUUAUGUUUUGGGGGAAAAGUGGCCUCCGUUCACUUUAAAAUCCAGAGUGUGGAUUUACUCCAAAGGGGGCUGUUUAAGGUGAAAGAAGCCAAGCUGAGUUGGCCCCUUGCCUGGAAUCACUUGAAUUCUGAAACUUUACUGCGAUGGACAUGUGCGUUGUCACAUUUUCCAUUGCUUAAUCCUGAAGUUUGGUGCAAGGCUAUCUGCGCCCAUUAAAAAGUGAUGUAUAUACUUCCUUCUUAUUCUAUUAAGUUGUACAAAAUUGUCUUCUGUAUUUAACAGUUUGUAAUUUUCACGAUAUUUUUUAAUUUAAAUAAACAAGCACAUUUUU